CAAAAAUAACUUUGGAUAUUCUUAUUAGAAACCAGAAACAAAAAUUACCAAGGAACAAGAAAGCACAGAGAAGAGCUUUAAAUCUUAACAGAAAUGCUUCAUUUACAAUUACACCAUCAUCCCCUCCCCAAUUAUCACCCAAUCUCUCACAACCCGUUUCCAAUUUGGACUCCAAAAUCAGCUACCCAUGUCCAAUUUCCACAAAAAAAGUCUCUGAUUAACACCAUAAAAUGUAUGGCUAAUCCCAGAAGAGUAAAAAUGGUGGCCAAGCAGAUACAGAGAGAGCUUUCUGAUAUGCUUUUAACUGAUAAAGUAUUACAGUAUGCUAUUUUGCCUGAGGCUGCUUUGGGUGCUGACAAAUAUUUGUCUUCACUCACUACCAUCAGUGAUGUUGAAGUUUCUGGUGAUUUGCAGGUUGUUAAAGUGUAUGUGUCUGUUUUUGGAGAUGAUAGAGGAAAGGAAGUUGCACUUGCCGGGUUAAAGGCGAAAGCUAAGUAUGUUAGGAGCGAACUAGGGAGGCGUAUGAAGCUGAGAUUGACUCCUGAGAUACGGUUUGUGGAAGAUGAAUCAUUUGAGAGAGGAAGUAGGGUAAUUGCGAUAUUAGAUAAACUUAAAGCCGGGAAAGAGGAUGACUUGAGCGAAGAUGAGCUUUCGGACUCAUCUGAUUCACCUCAAGAUGAUAGAGAUUGGGAAGGCGAUGACCCUGAUGAAGAGAUUAUUUAUGUAAAUUAGAUGCUUGCACAAUUGCCUGACUUCACCGAUUUCUUAGUUUAGGCAUAAACAAACAUUUGUAUCAGUAGAAAAGAGCUUAAGCAUAUGGCUGAUAUAAAAGCAGAAGCAAGUAUGUCAACGGGUGCUCAUCUACCUAGACUGGCGCACCAUCCUGUACGAAGGUGAUCAUCAUUUUGAGUUUUUGGUAUCCUAUGCAUGUAUGAUACGAUCUUUCAAUUGCUUUUGGGUGAGAAUUAGAUUCAUUUGAAUUACUAUAUGUAUAUGUUUUUCAGUGGAAGCCAACCAUCUUCGGAUCU